AUGCCAUCAUUUUUACAACGUAUCGGACUGAAAAAGAAGAAGUUUGGGAAGAGUAGUUAUUUCGGAAAAACAACAACCGCAGAUCUUCCAACUGCUGCCGUAACAAAAGAUGCAUCAGAUAUUCCAGAAGUUCCGGCGCCGCGGCGUUCUUUCGAUUCUCGAGCAUCCGGCUCAAUAAUAUCCAUACCUCGAAGCACCAAUACCAUCGAAGACUACGAUGAUCUUAAGCCGUGGAAGAAAAGGAAGAAUAAAAGAAAGCAAGCCCAUCGCGGUAAUGCAGAAACUCUCACGGAGCAGAUGAGACGGGAUUUUAUUGCUAUGCAGCAUAAAAUAGAUCGAAUCGAGUCAUAUGUCGUUCCGAAGACCCCCACAGAUGCUUUCAAUCUCGACGACCAAAAUACCACGAUAGCCACCAACGACGUACGAACAUUCAUCGAAUGUGCUAAGACAAUAUACUACGAAGGAAAGGAACCAAACGCACGAACAGACUCCGUCCCAGAAACCCCGGAUGAGAUACGAAAUACAUUCGUCAGUGUUUUAGAACGAUGCAAAGAUCCCGAAUUCCUUUUCAAGCUUUCCCAAAAGAUCUUUAGAAAAUAUGGCACAGGGACAGCCGAUGCUGGACCGUCAGAGCGAUCAGACCUCAGCAACGAUACAGUCUCCGAACCUUCUUCCAGGCCGAAGCAGACUGUAUAUCUUCCCCAAAUCGAGUACGGUGUGCGACAUGAAACCGAAGCUUGCGAAAUAGUACCGAACCCUCGACAGCUGAUACGAGCAUCAGAACCCCAACCUCAACCCAAACCAAACCCAAUUCCAGGAGAACUAGUACCCAUCGCUACACAUCUGUUACGAACAAGGAUUAACGCUACAAAGCGUCAACGAGGCGAGUUGAUGCCUCACCUCCCAAUACCAUUCGGACCUUCUCCUCCUCCUAUCGAUCAAACUGGUGAUAGACCAUCACAGGAACCAAAAUACCUAGGACUUCACGAUUUGUAUGCAGAAAACUGCAUCGAGAAACUAGAAAACCAAGCAACCCAGAUGGCAGAAUUGCCUCGAAUAUAUACAGAAAACGUAGCGGUGGAGCGAACCGGAUCAAGACCUCAGAUCGAAGCCACAGUCUCAAAACCUAACACGCUCACCAAGCCGGAUGAGCCCACUUUUAAGUCUUCAUCUGAAGAUAUAAUCAUCGACGACGAGACACUAGAUCUAGAAAACCUUUCUAUUUCCAAGCCUUCUUUGCCAUCUCCAUUCGAGCCCUUACAACUACAGCAGAAAAUACCCAACGAUUCUAGCCUACCUUCAAGCUUUUCUGACUGCCCCGUAGUCUUCCCCAUGAGCUUUCCUGAUCCUAAUUUCGACGAAGUUUUUAGCGAGGACGAGGACGAAGAAGACACCUUCGACCCAGGUUGCUCAAUUCGAUAUCGUGGCCAGAAUUCUGAACAGACCAGUUCACUUGCAGCAUCAGAACCGCAACCUGAAGAACAACAGAUACAACUAUUAGAUAACGACAGAACCCAGAUCGGAGACGACGCCUGUUACACUGCCGUCUCGAAUGGGUGUGAACCUCAUUCAGAUAAUCAUCAAGUGGAUGAUGUCGAGGACGAAGACGAAGACCAAAAUGAAGACGAAGAAGACGAAACCGCCGCCCAAUUGAGCGCCAUACAUCUACUCAUAUUACUCAAAGUCAUUGCUAAACGCCAGAACGAAAGCCAAAACCCAAAUCACAUGGAUCAACCAUCUUCAAACUCAAGCGGGUCAUCAACUCCAUCCGAUAGCUCCGAGGAAUCUGGAAGCAGCAGCAACUCUAGUGCAUCAAGCCAGAAUCUCAGCGUAUCCAGUUCAACUGGAAACGGCGCUAGCGGAUCUUCAAAAAAGAGGAAGCAGGAGGAUGACCCUAACAGAAACGGCAACGAUCCCGAUAGACCUCCACCGAAGAAAGCAGCGAUUGAGAUGAUCAGAGAUAUUCUCAGGAGGUUCGCAUGUCCAUACGCCGCAGGCAAACCAGACGAACAUCCUGGAUGUCAAAUGAUUAAUCGACAAAAUCUAAGCGGACUCAAGGAACACGUCAAAAGAAAGCAUUUCAAUAACGUCUUACCGAAAGAACUCCGCAUCGCCAAAAACUGGAAUGAAGUAUUCCUCUACUGCCACCAGGACUGGUCAGGAGCUAUUCCUUCUCCCUAUAUAUCCGACAUGUUCUUAACCGCCAACAACUACCAACCACUCACCUUCGAGCCAUCAUCCAUCAUCGAAUCCCCAAUCAACGACGGAAGAUACCGUCCUAUCGUCCCACUCCUCUCCUCCCCAAUACUAGGAGGCCCCAGCUCCAGUACAAAUGUAUCCGGACCUCUAUCGGAACCCUUAACCCAAGUUCACAAUCAUAAUGCCGGAAACUACGAUGCAAGGCCCAAACUGCAAUCAGAGCCUACUCUAGGCCAGGAAAUGAUCGAUUUCCUCACCACAGGAGGGUUUGAUAGCAUCUACCAUCUGCUUCCAUCACAUCUUCAAUCAAUAAACCCAGAUGACCUCGCAGUGCCAACCAGUUUUGCUCUGGAAGGCUACAUGCAAUCUAAUUUUGGUAUCGACGUCAACCAAACUCGUAGUCAACUGAUGACCCCAGAGUUCGCGAAUGACCUUAAUAUGCUAUUCCAGCAGCCAGAAGUAUCCCCACAAGGUCUCGAGGAUACCCUACAAGACGAAGUAGAAGAGGUGCAUAAUCAGCAGAAUAUAAUUCCACCGGCCCACAUAACCCAAACCCUUCAGGCCGUAGAUAUCGAAACCCCACCCCAUCCACCGCCAACCAUAAAACUCCAACUCGAAACUCCCUCUUACAUCAAUACAACUAUGCCUCUUCCCCCCCCACCCCCUCCACCCCCUCCUGUACCAGCAAAACCAAAAACCACCAGCAACCAAACUCUCCCUUUCGUUUCCCCCGAACUCUCACAAUGCCUCGACUACCUCUUCGCAGACUCAAAACCCUACCUCAAAACCCAAAGACCAAAAUCCCGUCUAUCAAGAUCCUCAUCCUCAUCCUCAUCCUCCCCUCCAUCAUCCUCUUCUUCCUCCUUCCUACUCCCAGACCUAGGUACCCAAACCCCAGAUACCCUCUUAUCAGAACGAAACUCUCUCGACCUCCCCCCACCAUCCUCCCUCCCACACCUAAACCCCAAACCCCCCUCCCCAAAAGGUCCUCAGAAACCCAGCAAAGACAAAAAAAGAAAGAAAAUAUACUCCCUCCACAUAAGAUACAAACCCAAAACCCCAGGUUCCCCGCACCAAUGCGCAACUUUCUCCUUUAAUGCCGAUAACGAGUAUCUCGAACUGAAGCUGGCCUUCAAUGAUUGGAUGACAAAUACCUUUUUUCCAAAUAAUAACGAAUUCUCAUGGGAUACUUGGGAACUAGAGGAUACUGUCGACCACGGGAGAAUAACGAGUUUGGAAGCUCUUGUUCAGGAUCUUCCGUUUACUUGGACGGCUUUUCGAACGACUGAAGCUGCGUUUUUGUUGGUGCCGAAGUAG